ACGGCAUUCUGCAGUCGGCAUCAACUUAUGUUUUGUUUUUCGAAAUUUUAUUAUAAAUGUAAAUUGUUAAAGCUAAAAAAUAUGGCUAAUCUUCCACCAAGAAAAAUAUCAACAUCUAGUAAGGUAUCCAAGCAACAGGAUGCGACACCUCUUGAGAUAUUAUUACAAAUGGGAUUCCCUAAAAACCGGGCCCUGAAAGCUUUAGCGGCAACUGGUAACCGUAGUGUCCAGUUAGCAUCAGACUGGCUCCUCACACAUGUAAAUGAUGCUUACAUUGAUGAAGAACAACCUAGAGAGUACAUAUUCUAUGCUAACCCUACUGGCCAACUGUUGGCCCAGCUCCAAAGCUUCUGGGAGAAGUCCAUAGCAACAGGGUGGAAUGGUGCACAUAAUUUUCCACCUCAUAUUACUUUAGUACCAUUUUUCAAGGCAAAAGAUGAUGUGUCGUUACAACUAGCAAAGUCGAUAAAACAAACUAUAGAGAUGGUUGGGCAGCCUCCUGAAACACCAUUGAAGUUAGAGUCUUAUAUAUCACAGAACUUCAUGGGCUUAUUCAUUUCUGAAGAGCAUUCAGACUUUUUAAAGAAUAUCGCAUUGCAGUAUGCAAAACAAGUAUCAACAUUGUUGGGUGUACAGGUGGAUACUAACCAAAGGUUGGAAGGUUUCAUAGUAUCAGAGGAAGUAUCUAAUACAUCGUCAAACGCAGAAGCUCAAACGAAAUCACUGCACCUCACGUUGGCGUAUCACUUUGAUGUCAGCGCAUACCAAGCCCUCAAGGGUCUGGUAGAUGAACUGGAUCUGACGGAACCACUGCAUCCAGACUGGGAACUGCGUUUGUACUCUCGGGACCCGCGCUUUUCUAAUCAUCAGGUAUACAGAGUGACACAGAGCUAUACACCAGAAGCAUGCGACGAGCUUGAACUGGUGGUGGGCGACUACAUUUACGUUGAAGAGAAGCAGUUCGACACGUCGCCAGAUGGGUGGGUGCACGGUACUUCAUGGCUUACAGGUGUGAGUGGAUACCUGCCGGGUGUGUUUACCCGCCGUACGCCCGACUCCGAUGCCUGGACCCUCCACCGUGCCAUUUCUCUCAAAACUCCCAACAGUACAGAUUCGAAAUCUGAAUCGGACUCUAACACUGAAGCAGAAAUGGCAUCUUACUCGCACGAGGACGCUGCGAAACUUGGCUACGAACAAUCCGAAGAGACUUACAGGGUUUGGGACAAGUACUGGAAAGCGGUGACACUGAAUAAAACUGAAAACAUUUUGACCGUCACGCAAGGGGGGAGUGCAGUUCGGACCAGCACAAAUCCAGAAAGCGGUGACAACGAAGGCGGAGUAUCUAGCAAAGUAGGUGAAACGUCUUUCAUGAACGGAACAAACAAAGCUCGUCGGUGGAUGUUCGCACUAAGGCACGGUGAACGCGUGGACCUAACUUACGGCUCGUGGGUUCCAUUCUGCUUCGAUGAAAACGGGACUUACGUGAGAAAGGACCUCAAUAUGCCGUUGAAGUUGGUGGAUAGAGCAGGCGGUGCGGAGUCGUACGCACGUGACACCCCGUUAACAAGAGUGGGCCAGCUGCAGGCAUUCCUCGUGGGAGAAGGGCUUCGACUCGCGAACGCGUCCGUGACGCACGUGUACGCAUCCGCUGCCUUGCGUUGCGUCGAAACCGCACACAACUUCUUACAAGGUCUCCAAGCUGAUCCAUCGGUGAAAAUCAAAGUAGAGCCAGGGUUGUUCGAGUACAAGGGCUGGCACUUAGCGAAGGGGCUGGCUCCUUUCAUGACCCCCGCGGAACUGCAUGCGGCGGGCUACAACGUUGACCUUGAGUACAAACCAUUCGUGGAUUUAGAUGUUACCAGCAAUGAGACUAUCGAGGAGUUCUACAAACGGAACGAACUAGUCAUGCACUCAGCUGCUAAAACUACAGAAGUGGAAGGUGGUAACGUUAUCUUUGUUGGACACGCAUCAACAUUAGAUACAAUGGUUAUAGCACUGAAACGUUUAGGGGAUGAGAGAACAGAAUAUCCUCCGUAUCAAGUCAGUCAACACUUGAUGCGAGUACCAUACUGCGCCUUAGGGGCCGUUCGGGAGAAGCCUUGGGAGGUGGUGUCACCCCCCUGCCCCCCCUCCAUAAACUCAAGCUCUGGAAGGUUCGAUUGGAAGAUUUUGCUGGAUCUGGACUGAAUCUCCAUGUUCCUAGUUGGAAAAUGACUGUGAUUGUGACUCGUGUGUGAUCAAUAUUGUGAUACAAGUGUUUUAAUGAAAGACUGUCGUAAGUGAAAUUAUUAUUAUUGGAUUUAAACAGUAGCGUUUAUGCCACGUUUUUUCAUCGCUUGGUCCAUAUAUCCAUUGGGUAUAUUUUCGUUCCCGUGAUCCCUCAGAGAAAUAUAGUUCUGCACAAUAAAAAAUCUAUCAAAUCAUAGUCAAAAGCAAAGUUGAUUAGUUGCUUUCUUUUUAUAUUAGGAAAACAAACGUCUCCCACGGGAUUUGUAUA